AUGCGCACGCAUACGGCGACCAAGGCGGUCGGCGACGACUUCCUCGGCAACCACAUCGGCGAGCUUCUCUUCCGGCAGCCCGUCAAGCGCACCGCACCAGCACGCCAUGCGGCCUCGUCCAACGGCAGCACCGUAUGCCCCAACGACGCGCUGACUGCUCGACGUGCAUCAGUGCCUACGCUCGACGAGCACGACUCGGCAGCGGUGCUGGACGAGUUCCUCUCGCUCGGCGCCGCACCAUUCGUCGGAUGCGACCCCAGCAACCUCGAGAACAGCAGUGAGAGCUCCGUGUCCGAGCCGAGCUCGGAGAGCAGUCGGAACGGAAGCGCACAUACCGAUCUGCUGCUGCAUCUGGACCAGCUCACACGCACGCGCGUCGCAUCCGAGGGCGCUCCCACCUCGCCGCGCGUCAGCUUCGUCACCAACUUUGGCGCCAAGCCGCGCAGGUCCGGCAGUCGCCGAGCACCGAGCGAGACCGGAUCCACGGGAUACUUUGGCAUGGCGGCGGGCAUGAGUGAGGCGAGCAUGUCGCCGAUGGAGUCCGCAGGGAGUGUGGUGUGGAAUAUGCCGUUCCAACAGUCGUUUGCACAUGCCGUCGAACACCAUGCGCUGUCGAGGGGCUCGUCACAGCAGAGUGCCUCGGCGGGUGUGACAAGUCCGGACCAAGCAGCCGAGGUGGCUACACCAACCAAGACGGGGGCAGAGGGAGGCUUGGGGAAGAGCCAGUCGUUUUCGGCAGGCACCGGAGCGGUAAGGCAGAGGCUGACGAGGGCGGCGACCGAGUCCACACUGCCGCCAGCAGCACAGGCGAUGCAGCUGGAGAAGUCGGCGUCGGGAGAGUCGGGAUCCGGACACUCGCACGUGAGCACGGGCGUCAAGGGGCAUAGAAGGAAGCCGUCGCUGGUGCCGAAGGAGGGCGACCAACGCACGUUCUGCUUUGUUGACGCCUCGAGCAGCGAGACCGAGUCGGAAGAGGCGCAUCCGCUACCCGCCGUGUCGAGUCCUGUCGCAACACCCGCAUGCACACCCGAAGCAUCCGCACACAGUGUCGUCGACACGCGCUACACCUCUCCGCGCGCGCUCUCCACGGUGGACGAAGCCCAGUCGACGUUCACACCCGCGCUGGGGAAAGUGCACGAGGUAGAGGCACGUACAGGUGGGCAGCUCAACGGUGCGGGCGAGGGCGAAUGCACACGGCGCGUGCGUAGGCUACGCAUCCAGCCCAAUGUCCAGUCGCGCCCGAGCCUGCUCGAAAAGACGAUGCAGCAGCUCGCACGCUCGAGCGAGCAGGCGCACGCCGCCAACGUCCACGCUCCACUCGUUGCCGCUAACACUGCGCCACCAGCCUCGGUGUCCCAGACAGAGCGAUUCGAUCCCGCAGCAUACGGUGCCGAACAGCGCACGUUCCGCAUCCAACCCGCGACUUCCGCCGACGCUCCCGCCACCCGUACCGACAGAGAACAGCCUCGAGCCAGCCAGGCUCGCACGAGCGACUGGGCACGCGCCCAGAGCCUGCUCGCCGCCAGCACCGACGUCAAACUCGCCCAGGUCGACGCAUCGUUGCUCCAAGCCCAGCAGGCUGACGCGAGGGGACACGGAUUGUUGCGGCAUCAUACGGACAGUCACAGCUCGACCGAAACCACCAGUCCAAGCCUGCUCGACAUGCGCGAGCUCCUCAGCCCCCCAGAGACGGCAGUCUCGUCACCAGACCUCGAGUCUCCCCCACUCAACCAAAAACACUCCCGAAGAACUUCCCCACUCUCCAUCUAA